AUGAGAGCCCAGAUGGAUGAGCAAGACUCAGCUGGCCCUGAAGCAGGAGGAGGCCCUGCCCUCCAAACUGGGAGCAGUGGGAGAUUAUGGGAAAACUCAGAGCAGAAGAUCCCAGGUGAGGAGGACACCCUCUGCUCAGAGGUGCAGAGCCAGCAGUUGACGCAGUCCGGCUCUCAGGAGGCCAAAGGACCCCGAGAGGCUUGCGGCCGACUCCACCACCUCAACUGUCAGUGGCUGAAGCCAGAAAGUCAUACGAAAGCUCAGAUGCUGGACCUGGUGAUCUUGGAGCAGUUCCUGGCUGUCCUUCCGCUGGAGAUGGAGAGCUGGGUGAGGGAAUGUGGAGCAGAGACCAGUUCCCAGGCAGUAGCCCUGGCUGAAGGUUUCCUCCUGAGUCAGGCAGAGGAGAGGAAGCAGGCAGAACAGCAGGUGAGAGAGACUUUCCUCUGGAAACUCCCAAAAGGCUCCCAACAUGAGGGAGAGUAUCCCCAAAUUCUCUACUAAUUGCUCAUCAUUUUUUGGAAAACAUUCAGUGAGUUAGAUCUGAUACCCCCAAAGAUUUUGCCUCUGCCAUUUCUUUUCCAACGCUUCCCCCCAUUCUCUGUUUGAAUCCUAUUUCAGGCAAAGUAUCUGUUUGCAGAAAUGGGCCCUGAUUCCUGUGAGGCAGAGAAGACUCCAUUGGACACUAGAGGGAGGCUGCUGGGUAAGGAGGAAGGAGUUUUUUUUCUCAUUCUGUGGAUUUUGAAACUAAUUUGUGGGUUGUGUUCAUCUUUUGAGGGGAGGCUGAAAGCCCCAAGUGGGGGGAGAGUUGUAUUUUGACUCUACUAAAAUUUGAAAUGAGUACAAAUGUCUAAAUGCACUUUGCAAGAAAGACUUUUUCUAAGGUCCAUCUGUAGCCUGAAAUGCGCUGCUGAAGCUCUGAAAGACGCAGGAGCUGAUGGCUUCCCUUUGACUUUUGUCUCUCGCAGGUGACCGAAGGAUGCCCCCCAGACCUCCUCAUCCAUCUUUUCAUGGUAGUGGAGGAGAAGCAGCAACUGUGGAAACAGAUCAGGUAUUGUGAUCAGGAGCUUUGUGGGGAAAGAAUCAGGGCGCCUCUGGGCCCAUUAAAAUGCACAAUAAAAGAAUUCCAUAAAAACAUUAUAAUAAGCAUACAUAAUUAAAAUAUGUAGGAAAAUAAUCCCAUUGAAACAACACAACAAUUAGCACACAAAAAACAACCGAGCAAUGUAUAGUAGAUAAUCUUUAUGCUGUCUAAGUGGAGGACCUUUUCCUUUUCCUUUUAGGGUCCUCUAUGUUUUAAAGAUGUCGCUGUGUGUUUCACAGAGGAGGAGUGGGCGUUGCUGGAUCCUGACCAGAGAGCUCUGCAUAAGGAAGUCAUGGAGGAGAAUCGUAGGAUCGUGGACUUUCUCAGUAAGGCUUCCUGCUGGAUCAUAGUAUCUGUUUUGAAAUCCAAUACAUAUCUGUAUGUGAGGAAUUUUCAAUAUUUUGAUGAAGCACAAUAGCACCACCACCAACAUCUGGGAUUCUAAUUCCCUCACAGCUCACCUUGAAUGGAGAGCUAUCUACCAUUUGGUCUGACAAUAUUCUUCCUCCACAUAUGGCUUCUUAAACCAUGUUCAUGCUGUUCUUCACAGUGGUGAGGGAAGUUAAAAUAGCUUUUGUCAGGUUUUUUGUCUCUGCUUCUAUUGGCUUUUGGUUGACCAAAGUGACAACUGACUUUGCAGAUGGCAGAGAUUCCAUGAUUGUGCCAAUCAUAAUCUAUCCUGGAAGGUGCUAGGCUCUGGUCCCCAUCAGUGUGUAUGCUAAUGAGCAUCAACAAAGGCAGUAAAGCUUGUAGUAAGGGUAUUGUUCAAUAAUUUGGGGCUCCAUUUCUUCCUGAGGUUCUAAUCCAUUUCUCUCUUUGAUGCAGGUGGUGAUGGAUUGGAAAUCAUGAGCAAUGGAGACCAUUACAAAAUUGACACAGGAGAAACCUCCUAUUCCACAUCCCAUGAAAUAAAUCCCAUUGGGAAGAAUCACUAUCAGUGCUUGGAAUGUAGAAAGACUUUUAGUCGGAAGGAUAGUCUCACAUCCCAUCAAAGAACACACAGUGGGGAAAAACCCCAUCAAUGCUUGGAAUGUGGAAAUAGCUUCAGUCAGAGGUGCAAUCUGGUGUCGCAUCAGAAAAUUCAUACAAGGGAGAGACCAUAUCAGUGCUUGGAAUGUGGAAAGAGCUUCAGUCACAGCUUCAAUCUCACUUCCCAUCAAAGAACUCACAGUGGGGAAAAACCAUAUCAGUGCUUGGAAUGUGGGAAGAGAUUCCGUUUCAGCGGCUCGCUCACUCUCCAUCAAAGAAUACAUACAGGAGAAAAACCAUAUCAGUGCAUGGAAUGUGGAAAGAGCUUCAGGCAAAGUUCUAACCUCAUGGCCCAUCAAAGAAUUCAUACAAGGGAGAAACCAUAUGAGUGCUUGGAAUGUGGAGUGAGCUUCUGUCAAAAGGCUAAACUCACAUCUCAUCAAAUAAUUCAUAAAGGGGAGAAACCAUAUCAGUGCUUGGAAUGUGAAAAGAGCUUCAGUCGGAGGUCCCAUCUCACUUCCCAUCAGAAAAUUCAUACAAGUAAGAAACCCUAUCAGUGCUUGGAAUGUGAAAAGAGCUUCUGUCAAAGGGCUAAGCUCACUUCUCAUCAAAGAAUUCAUACAGGGGAGAAACCAUAUGAAUGCUUGGAAUGUGGAAAGAGAUUCACCCAUAAGGAAAGUCUUGCAUCCCAUCAAAGAAUUCAUACAGGAGAGAAACCAUAUCAGUGCUUGGAAUGUGGAAAGAGAUUCACCCAUAAGGAAAGUCUCACUUCCCAUCUAAGAAUUCACACAGGGGAGAAACCAUAUCAGUGCUUGGAAUGUGGAAAGAGAUUCACCUAUAAGAACAGUCUCACUUCCCAUCAAAGAAUUCAUACAGGGGAGAAACCUUAUCAGUGCUUUGAAUGUGGAAAGAACUUCAGUCAGAAAGCCAAGCUCACAGCUCAUCUAAGUGUUCAUACAGGAGAGAAACCAUAUCAGUGCCCCGAAUGUGGAAAGGGCUUCAAUCGCAGCUCCAAUCUCAGUUGCCAUCUAAGAACUCACAGCGGGGAGAAACCCCAUAAGUGCUUAGAGUGUGGAAAAAGCUUCAGUCACAGCAGCUCUCUCUUUUUCCAUCAAAGAAUUCAUACAGGGGAGAAACCAUACCCAUGCCUGGAAUGUGGAAAGUGCUUCACUAGGAAGGAACGUCUCACUUCCCAUCAAAUAACUCACAGCGGGGAGAAACCCCAUAAAUGCCUUGAAUGUGGGAAAGGUUUCAUUCAGAAGGCUAAGCUCACAGCCCAUCAAAGAAUUCAUACGGGGGAGAAACCUUAUGAAUGCUUGGAAUGUGGAAAGAGCUUUGGUCAGAGGGCUAAGCUCACAGCCCACCAAAUAAUUCAUACGGGGGAGAAACCUUAUAACUGCUUGGAAUGUGGAAAGAGCUUCAGUCAGAAAGCUAAGCUCAUGGCUCAUCAAACAAUACAUACAGGAGAGAAACCAUAUCAGUGCUUAGAAUGUAGGAAGAGCUUCAGUCAGAAAUCUAAGCUCACAACCCAUCAAAGGAUUCAUACAGGAGAGAAACCACAUCAGUGCUUAGAAUGUGGGAAGAGCUUCAUUUGGAGGGCCACACUCACUUCCCAUCAAAGAAUUCAUACAGGGGAGAAACCGUAUAAGUGCUUGGAAUGUGGAAAUUGCUUCAGUAGGAAGGAACAUCUUAUUUCCCAUCAAAGAAUUCACAGUGAGGAAAGACCAUAUCAGUGCUUGGAAUGUGGAAAGAGCUUCAAAUGGAAAAAAAGUCUGAGUUUCCAUCAAGGAACUCACAGCAGGGAGAAUCAUAAUAUUUGA